CAGAUGGAAAAGAGACAUGGCAUGCGAGUUAUAUUAUAUUGCUGAAGCUCAAGAGGGCUUAUACUCUUGGUCUGGAACUGAUUGAUUCACCUAUCAAUAUAUCCUGGCAUGUUUAUCCCUCAAAAGCGAUCGACAAUAUCGUCUAAGCCACCUGACCUGUAACUUAUCGGCCUGAGGUAUUUAACUCAUAAAUAGAACAGUGUCUCCCUCGGGAUGAUCUCCAUUCCCCAAGAGCAAUUGUCAAUUCCCUCUUCAUCGUGAUAGCCCCGUCGUGUUCCCGUCUUCUUGUACGUCAUAACCUACCUAGUCCUCAUCAACAGGGGACAUCCCUGUUAGGUCUUUAUAAGCACCAGCACCAGAAGCUCAACACAGAGAAAAAUACCAGAGUCUUCCAAGUGCUUGCAAGACAAAUUCCAGUUUAGUUUCUUGUUGAGUCGUGGGUCCUGCUUCAGAACGCUGGUCCUUGUCCAAUAGAGAGAAAAUUUGCUUCAGAUCACCAAGUAACAACAAAUAAAACCCAAUCGGGCACAAAUCUUGCCGUUGGAGUUGUGCCCUGAGUCUUACCGAGACUUAUAUAACACUUGAAACUUCAUAUCAAGUGAGACAUACAUACAUACAUACAUACAUAUACAUACGCCUACAUACAGAUACAUACAGAUCACUACCGAUACUAGCACUAGCGAGUCUUGGCCCAUCAUGCAGAACUCUCCUCGCUCUGGUUCCUUUGAACGUCGCAGUUCUGUCCAUGAUAGAAUGCCAAGCCCAUCUCCCAUCCGAUCGCCAUUGUCUAGGAGCCGUACCCCUUCACCCUCUCGUGGUCGAUCACAGGCACCUCGUGGGAGACCUUCAUCUCGCAUGGUAUCCCGCUCUAAAUCACGGGGAAGACUCUCGUCUCGAUCAAGCUCACGCUCACCAUCUCGUCGCUCCAAGCGCAGCGACAACCAUCAUCACCAUGGGCUCUUCAAGACUACGGCUGGUCUUCUAGCUGGUAUUGGUGUCGCUGCUGUUGUAGCCCACAAGGUCUGGCCCAAGGGUGUUCUCUACGGCGAUCAUGAGGACUGGGAGCAUUCUUCCAAGCAUCACCGCUCAGACCGCCCUCACCAUCGUCGUCGCCGCUCGCUCGAGAAUGGUGAGCGUGUAGUCGAGCGAACAACUCGACGUCGUGGUGAUGCUGUCUACUACGAAGAAGUUGAUCGCAGGCGACCUCAGAACUUUGAGCGGAUGCCACGGCCCGAGUAUGAGAGGAUGAGGCAGCCUGCUGAGCGAUUGCCAUAUCCUGCUGAUGAUCACUAUAUUCCGGCCCGACCAGUCUAUGCUGAACGAGGGAGGACCGUCGUUCAGCCUGCUCCAAUGCAUCCCGAGUGGUGACAUAGCCGGCCAAUGAGAUGAGUUCUCACACAUUUCUUUAUUCUGCUGUCAUUCAUGUCUAUGGGGAGGUCGCGAUGGAAUUGAAUUGUAUUGCAACGGAGUUGUUUGAGUAUUAUCUGACAUUUUUUACGACUUGUAUGCUACACGAGACAAUGAUACGGCGUUCCGAUACGCACGGGACUGCUUUAUAAAUAUAUGUUUACAAAAUGUGUUCUAUAAUAUGCGUAAUCUGAGACUGUGCCAUGC